CUGAGGAGAGGAUGAACAGUGGCACAAGGUUUGGAUAAGAGAUCAGAGCGAGGCAGGAACACAGGAGACAAAAUCAAGAUUACUGAAAGAAAACCAGAGAAAAUGGGAGGGAGUCUCACCAGUCACUUGAACGCCAAAGAACACAAGUACAUCUCAGAGCACAUUGCUGACACCCUGGAGAAUCUAACUCCUCUCUAUCAACAUCACUACUGUUCUAAUCUGCUAACCCACCUGAGGAACAAACACACAGAGCCCAUCGAACCUCGCCCACUGAUUCAGCAUGCUGAUGUUAUUACCCAUGCUGGGAUUGUGUUGGAGGCGACUUUGCCUCAAUAUCUGAAUGGAGUUUGGACACAUCGCCACGUACAGGUCACUAAUAAUUUUGAAGUGGAGAGUCGUGAAGCUAGUGAGGUGUUUGAAGGUGGUUGGGGGUGUAAGACUGAAUUUGUACUAUCUGGUUGUCACAUCUGCACCUCCAUACAUGAGCACUGUGGGUUAGUGGAUGACAUGUGUCGACACAUCACAGGUAAAUCAGAAGAUAAACUGGCUUGUUGGGACUGCCCUACGGAAUUUCCUGUCUUCAUACAGCAUCCUUACAUGGCCCCAGUGUGUCUGGCCACUGCAUCGUCCAAGGAGCAGGCACAGUGGGCCAACAUACUACGAGCGGCAACACAACAUCAGAGCUCAGCACUGUGGUGCAAAGAUUCACCAGAAUCCAGGGCCUUCUUGGAGGCCGUGUCUUCACUAAAGAAGCUCAGAAAAAAUAAUAAAAGUGAGGUACCUCCAGUGGGCAAUGAGGAGGAGGUGGUGAUCAGCAUAGUGAUGGAAGAAAUUGUAUACUACCUUAAGGAACAAGUCUUUCCCCGGAUUACUGCAUGUCGUAACAAGCAGAGGAAAACCUGGAUCAGAUUGCUGUCUGAGGUUUACAGGACCACAGAACAUCAGGUAAAAGCUGCCAUGGUAGUUUUGAAGGAAGAAUUGUCCCGUUAUCAGUCUGAUGUAGAGAAAAAGAUCACAGCAGGACUCCAGCAGACCAGUCUGUUGCAAGACCACAUCACUCACACAAUAUCAGAGGACACAUGUGAGAUGUUGCUACACUCCCUUCUACACACUAUCAUACCAAGGCUUGAUCGUACACUGCAGGAAGUGGCCACACCCAUCUGCAAUGGAUUUGCAUCUACCUGGAAAUACUUCCUGGAGACCUGUGAUGACAUUAUAGAAAUUGGACCAACAAGCACAUCAGCGACAAAUGUUAAUAAAGAGGUGCUGUCCGCUCUAAGAGGCCUUGGACCAGAUAAUGCCAGGAUGUGGAAAUGCCUGGACAGGCUGGAGCUGACCUCAAAGAGCCGUGAAUGGCUCCAGGACACAUGGGGUGUCCACAGUGGAACCUGGAGACCUUUGCUACUCAAAGCUCAGAACGCUCUCUACAAAGUGGUUGAUAUGUGUGCUGUGAUGUUUGGGAGGUUGGUCUCACGAUAUCCAUGUUUCUCUUCUGAUUCUUCUCAGCUUACAGCAGUGCUCUGCAAAGUCAAAGACAGGGUGCUCAAGCACCUGGAAACAGAAAUGUUGGCUCUGCGAUCUCACUUAAUUUUGGAGAUGAUCCUGCAGAUUGCACUGCCAACUUUUGCACAAGACGUGAAUGCACAGGAUCUGUCCCGUUAUAAAGCCAUGAUCGACCCAGAACAUGCCUUCUUCAUUCACCCUGACACCAUCUUUAACUCCAUCCUGAGAGACAACCUGACUUCUUACAUAAAGUCAGAGAUGAGGUAUUCCCUGCCACAGAAGUUUGUGACUCUCCCUGUCGGUGUCAAAGACCUCUGCAGCCCUGGUGUCCCCAAACCAUCACACUAUGAGCAUCUGCACCCAAGUGAUUGCCGACAGAAGUCGAGUCAAAUCUCUGAAGACUCUUCAUCAGAAUCUGAAACCCUCAUACCGAGCACCGUAUCCAAUGAGGAAGACACUUUGACCAACUCAGAAAAUCACAUCCUCUCUCUGCUAGAUGCGGGUGAAAACAUCCACCUCACUGAGUCAAGAAUGAACUACUCCGAUCAGGCAUAACACUAUUACCACCGUCCCAAAAUUGUGUAGGUCUCCCUUGUGCCUCCUAAACAGCUGUGACUCAUCAGAGAAUGGAAAUUGGCCUUCUGAGGGUGUCCUGUGGUGUGUGGCAACACAGUGUUGUUAGUGGGAGCCUUUGGGUCCUAUGUUCUGCUCUAGGUGGGUGGUACAUGUCUAAGUAACAUCCACAUGAGUGCCAGAUCCAUAAAGUUUCCCAGUAGAGCACUGAACUUGUCAAGCUGGCCAAUGUUAUUUACUUGUCUUGUCAGUGGUUUUAAUGGUGUGGCUGAUCAGUGUAUAAUGCCACAGAACGUUAAAAAAAAAAAAAAAGAUUGGACGCAUACAGGAUGACAAACUUUGCUGUUGUUUUUUAUUUCAAUUUUCAAACACAUGUAAUGUAAAAGUGGUUAAAAUGGCAAAUAUCAAAUAGAGAAAAUUUAACUAAUAACAAACAAAAGAAACAAAAAAACUCUA